AUGGCAGAAUUGUUUGUGUUCAACAUUGCUGAGAGAGUGUUGUGGAAGCUAGGCUCCAUGGUAGUGCAAGAAAUUGGAAAAACAUGUGGCCUAACAAAGGAGCUAGAAAUGCUGAAUGAAAAUUUCACAAAUAUCAAAGCAGUUCUCUUGGAUGCUGAGGAGCAAAGAUCCAAAAAUCGUCAACUAAGCGUUUGGCUAGAUAGACUAAAUGACAUUCUCCAUCAAAUGGAUGACAUUUUGGAUGAAUUUGAGAUUAUAGCCUUGCAGCAUCAGCAGCAGCAUGCCAAGAAUAAAAAAAGUAUCAAGAACAAGGUAUGUAACUUCUUUCAUAGGUCAAAUCCCCUCGUAUUUCGCUUUAGAAUUGUUCAUAAGAUGAAGGAUAUAAGAGAAAAACUAGACAAAAUUACUGAGGACAAACCUAAAUUUCACCUGGUAGCUGCACAAGGCGUAGUGGAUAGGAGGGAUAUACGUUGGGAAAGGGAAACACACUCGUAUUUGGCCGCUUCAAGCAUAGUUGGUAGAGAUAUCGACAGAAAAACCAUAGUGGAUUUUCUGAUCGACGCAAAAGAUGAGAAUUGUGUUAGUAUUAUACCUAUAGUGGGACUAGGUGGUAUUGGGAAGACCACAUUAGCUAAAAUGGUUUUCAAUGAUGAUGGAGUGGUUAGGCAUUUUCAAGUGAGAAAAUGGAUUUGUGUCUCUGAGGAAUUCAAUGUGAAGAAACUAAUUGGGAGUAUCACCAAUAUCGCGGAUAACAACAGCACCAGUACUAUGGAACAAUUGCAAGUUCAACUUCACGAAACAUUGAGGGCCAAGAGAUACUUGCUCAUUUUAGAUGAUGUCUGGAAUGAAGAUCCGAGCAAAUGGUUCGAGUUAAAAGAUUUGUUGAUGGUUGGUUCCUCUGGAAGUAAAAUUGUUGUGACUACGCGUAAUCAAGCUGUUGCUUCUCUUAUGGGCACGACCUAUACGUACAACUUGGCAGGCCUCCCUUUUGAUGAUAGCGUGACAUUGUUUAACAGGUGGGUAUUUGGAGAAGGGAAGCAAUAUCAAAACCUUGUAGAAAUUGGGAAGGACAUAGUGAAAAAGUGCAGGGGAGUACCAUUGGCCGUAAAAACCUUAGCAAGUCUUUUAAGAACAAAAUCCGACGAGUAUGAUUGGUUGCUUGUGAGGGAUAAUGAGAUAUGGAAUUUAGAACAAAGAGAAACUGGCAUCCUACCUGCAUUAAAAUUGAGUUAUAAUCAGCUCCCAUCUGAAUUGAAGCAAUGUUUCUCCAUUUGUUCACUUUUCCCAAAAGACUAUGUAUUCAAUCACAUGGAGCUCAUUUAUGUAUGGAUAGCUCAGGGGCUGAUUCGCCAUAAUAGCAGAAAUCUUGGAUGGGAACUGGAAGACAUUGGCAAGCGAUACUUCGAUGACUUAUCAUCACGAUCCUUUUUUGAAGAUGUUCAAAGGGGUCUGUUCACAUUUACAUUCAAGCUGCAUGACCUUAUGCAUGAUCUUGCGCUGUCAGUAACAAGGGGUACGUCUUCAACUGUUACUGAGACCACCGCAGGUAUUUCAGCAAAGGUCCGACAAAUUGAAUUUAGUGGUGAUGAUUUCAUGAAGAAUGAAGUUCCAGCAUUCCUUCUACAGUUAGUGAAUUUGAGAACAAUCACUGGAGUGGGACGUAGAAGUCAGAAAUUCGUGGAAAGCUGCAUAUCCGGAUUCAAAUGUUUACGGAUACUGGAUUUGAAGCAUUCGUGUUUUGAAGUUUUACCAAGUUCAAUAAAAGAUUUGAUGCAUUUGAGGUUCCUAGAUGUAUCUUACAACAGAAAACUCAAAUCACUGCCUAACACAAUCUACAAGCUACUGGCUUUGCAAACACUAGGCCUUGAAAAUUGUGUUAGCCUCGAGAGAUUACCCCGAGACAUUGGAAAUCUUGUAAGCUUGAGAUGUUUGACACUAACAACAAAAGAAAGAUGCUUUCCAAAGAAAGGUCUAGGAUGUCUGAAUUCCCUUAGGCUCUUGGCUAUUUUGGAAUGUAACAACUUGCAAUCUCUGUUCGAUAGUGAUAACAUGAGCACACAAUGCUUCCCCGCCUUGAGAACACUGGUCAUCGGUGACUGUAACAAUUUACUAUCUCUUCCUAAGUGUUUCAGAUUCCAUGAAUCACUCGAGAAUCUUUUCAUUGGAAGUUGUGAAAAACUCGACCUAAACAUGGACGAGAAUGAAGGAGGUGGUCUCAAGAAACUGCAGUGUCUAGGCAUUAUGAAACUUCCAAAACUGGUGACCUUACCACAGUGGCUAAUUAAGGGUGCUGCUGAUGCACUGAAGCAAAUAAAAGUUGUUGGUUGCAUCAACUUCACUGCUUUACCAGAUGGCUUGACCUCUCUGCAGAAACUUGAAAUCAUAAUGUGCCAUCAAUUGACACGUCUGCCUGAAGGGAUGGAGCGCCUCUGUGCACUAGCUGAAAUUCAGAUUAUUGAGUGCCCUGCACUAGCCAACCGAUGCAUAAAGGGAACAGGUGAAGACUGGCACAAGAUAGCUCAUGUCCGCAACAUUCAUCUCAACGCCGUGCUUCUCAGUGGAGGAACUAUUGGAUUAUGA